UGUGAAAAUAUGUCGAGAAAAAAGGAAAAGUCAGAAGAAUGUGAAGCCAAUACUAUGGAUUCUCUGCUAGAAAUGCCAUUUGCUACUAUAGAUACUAAAGAUGAUUGUGGACGGACUGAGACGGAUACCUCCAGAAUCCCAGGAAGCAACUAGUAUUUCUGUAGCUACUGUAUUCUUAUAUCUCCAUGGUGAGAGACUGGCCUCUGGGACCAGGAAGAAGGAAAGGGAUGUUUACUGAUGUACCUCAAAUAAAUUUGGAGAGAAGUGAAGAAAAUGAAUGGAUCAGUAAAGAUCAAAUGAAGAAGAAAAAAAAGCACAAAGGAUAUCAAGCGAACUAUUUCCUAUCCAUUCCAAUCACCAACAAAGAGAUUACAGGAAGAAUUAAGAUCCUGCAGAAUGCAAUAAUACAAGAAGAUAAGCGACUGGCCAAGGCCAUGAGCAGUGUCGGUUCCUUUCACAUUACCCUGCUGGUGAUGCUGCUACAUGAAGAUGAAGUAAACAUUGGUAUUGAUGCUCUUUUGGAAUUAAAACCAUUCGUAGAAGAAAUCCUUCAAGGGAAACACUUGACUUUGCCCUUCCAAGGGGUUGACACCUUUGGAAACCAUGUUGGAUUUGUGAAGCUGGCAGAAGGAGAUCACAUGAACCCACUUUUGGAGAUUGCAGAGGCUGCGAAAAGGACAUUUCAAGCAAAAGGCAUCUUGGCAGGAGAAAGCAGAAGUUUUAAGCCUCAUUUGACCUUCAUGAAGUUGUCCAAGGUACCAUGGCUCCGGAAGAUGGGAGUGAAAAAAAUAGACCCCAAAUUCUAUGAAAAAUUUAUCAGUCACAGAUUUGGAGAAGAAAUGGUACACCGCAUCGAUCUUUGCUCCAUGCUAAAGAAAAAGCAAAGUAAUGGUUAUUAUCACUGUGAGUCUUCAAUUGUGAUUGGCAAGGGGCCUAUUGGAAUCCGAGACUUAAUUAAUGAAGCCUUGCAGCGAGAAAGGAUGGUUCUGAAGUCCAAAGUGAAACAGAUAAAAGAACUCUUAUUCCAGCCUGAGAUUCAGGCCAAAAUUAGAAGGGAGCUUUUUGAAGAAAGAUCCAUUAACAACAGUAAUCAAGAAAACGAUGUUGAUUUCACGGCAACUUUGACAUAAGCUCUACAUUGCUAUCAUGGUACCAUAGUUUAUGAGACCUUUGCAGCUGAUUGAAUGGCUCUUUGGUAAAUACCAAAGAAGUGUUCUGAUAGUGUCUUUACUAUAGCACAUCAACUUUGGGUAAGGAAUUAACAACUUCUUGCCAAAGAAAACUGAUUCUGUCCUGUUAGUUUUAAAGCUAAACUUGUAUUUAGGAGUGUUUGUUUCUAUAAUAUCAAGAGUUAUUUUAUAAAAAGAACUUCUUAAUGAGCUCUUAUAAAGUGUUCCUGGGGUCAUCACAGAUAAAAUAUGCAGACUGAAAAAUCAUUUAUAGGUUAAGAAAAAAUACAGUAUUUUAAAGUAAGUUGCUUCCUGUUGACAUGAUUUUUGUUGUAGUAGUAAAACAAAAGAAGUAUUGUUCACUUGUGACUAUAUCUAGUGUUACUCUUAAUGGGAAUUUGAAUGUUUGUUGAACAGUAGUACUUGAAUGAACAUUUAUAAAUGUAAUUAUUGCAAUCACUGGUUAAGAAUGUAUUAUAUCCAUAUGUAUUAUUUUUCAAUGAUCAAAAUGUAGUUUGCCUUUUCAUUUCUUGAUGGAAUAAAUGUUUGGGAUUUUAAUUUUCUACUUUUCUGAAGAUAAGCCCAGGUCUGUAUCCCUUAGAAUCUGAAGUUGUUUGCACUGGUUUAUUUUUAAAGAAAAUUCUUGAAAAAUGUCCCCUUGUAUGAUAAUCAAUGGUAACAGCUUUUUCUAUGGUCUUUGUAAAAUUGCUGCUACUAAGAGAUCAUGAUGGAGGGGGAAAUUAUUAGAGAUCAAAUAUGUAACCAUUUCAAAUGUAAAAUCCAGUUUACGCCUGGAUUUUAGCUAUUUUUUCACUGGGUAAAUUAUAUUACAUUUAUUUAUAAAUGAGUUUGCA